AUGUCGAUUAUGAGCUAUAAUGGUGGCACCAUCCUAGCGAUGGCAGGGGAUGGCUGUGUUUGUAUUGCUUCUGACUUACGUUUCGGUGAGCAGAUGACCACAAUCGCUACGGAUAUGAAGAAGGUACAUAAAUUGGGUGAGAAGGUCUAUAUUGGUUUGGGUGGAUUUCAUUCCGAUGCCAAGACAGUCCUUGAUAAAAUUAUUUUUCGGAAGAAUCUAUAUGAAUUAAAGGAAAAUCGAAAAAUAAAACCGGAGGUAGCAGCUGUUAUGGUAUCGAAUUUAUUAUAUCAACACCGAUUUGGUGGUUAUUUCACGGAACCACUUAUAGCAGGACUAGACCUAACAACCAAUCGGCCUUACAUCUGUGCUAUGGACACUAUAGGUUGCGUCUCUGCGCCGAACGAUUUUGUUGCCGUGGGUACAGGAACUGAGUACUUGUUAGGCGUCUGCGAAGGGUUUUGGAGAGAAGGUAUGGGUCCUGAUGAGUUAUUCGAAGCAACUGCGCAGUCUAUGUUAUCUGCAAUGGAGCGUGAUGCGGCUUCUGGUUGGGGUGUGAUUGUUUACACAAUAACAAAAGACAAAGUAAAUAUAAAAACCAUUAAGGCUAGGAUGGAUUAA